AUGGCGGACGUCAAGGAUCGGUUGAAUGAGGUGCCUAGCUGGGACGGUUCCUCGAAGACUUGGCGCCGCUAUUGCAAAGAAGUUGGAUGGUAUCUUUCUGGAACGAAGAGUUCCCAACGGAAGUACGUCGCUGCCAAACUGAUUAGUCGGUUGUCGGGUGCUGCUCGCCUCCUUUCCAUGUCCUGGCACCAAAGGGAUUUUGAAGGUGAAGAAGGAGUUCAAGUCAUGUUGAGGCGUUUCGCCUCCUCCCCUUUGGUGAGGCGUAGCCUUCCCAAUGCGGCUGCGACGAUGUCAUCCUAUUUCAUGUUCCAACGACGGCCUGGAGAAAGCAUUGCACAAUUCCUUGUGAGGGAAACAUUAGGUUUUGAGGAAUUCCAGGAGGCCUUGCUACAACUCAAAGAGGAGAAAGACGGAAUCUCCCCUGCAGAUCGUUUGUUUGAGUUGCCUGAGAUCACCACCUCCGAGACCUCAGACAAAGGUGAACGCUAUUACAACCCUUGGCAUCGAGAUCAACGCUGGCGUGAUUGGGAGGAAACCCCUUUUGAAGAGCAGGUUGAGCAAACAGUUGAUGCCCCCGAGGGUUAUGCAGCAGUUCCCCAAACAUCCGACGCAGGUGAGGAAGCAGCUCCUCACUCACCGGCGGGGUCGCCAAACCGGACUCGUCAAACACAAAGGAGCCCUUCCCGCAAGACAGAGCAACAGAGGAUGAUUGAUGGUUUGGGUCCUAUGGAUUCUUUUAUAUUAGAUGUUUUGCGUGGCUGGAGACUACUUGUUGCAGCAAGCCUUACAAAUGAUGAAUGGAGAGACAUCCUAGCUAGCACUGGCAACAAGCUCGACUACCCGGCCAUCGCUGAGGCUCUUCAGACCCUAUGGGAUGAACAGCUCAAUCAUCAUCAUGGAGCAUCCAAAGGUACAGUGUUGCAACAACAUUGGGUUGAGACCGCAGAUCCUUGGUACAAUGCUGCGUGGCACGAGUCCUCGUGGGAUACUGAGGAUUGGCAUGAGUCGGAUUGGCACUCCAUGGACCAAUUUGGGGCAUGGCCUCAAGCUGUCAACGACCCAGUGGAUAACACUGCAACCACUGAUGAUGAUCCUGAACUCCAAGAAGCUUUGGAGGCUGAGAAGGCCGCAGAGGCCUUGGCAGUUGAAGCUCGUCGAACCUGGUCGCAAGCUCAGCAGGCUACAACAGCCCUUCGACGUGACCGUGGUUUUGGACAGUUUGCUGGAACCUCAUCCUCCAAAGGUGGCAAGGGAAACAUUCGUUGUCACAUUUGUUCAGGUCCUCAUUUUGCUCGUGAUUGUCCUGACCGUCAACAUCCACAGUACCGCAAGGGUGUUGGAAAGCAGUUGAGUCCAGCUGAGCUGGACGCCUACCUCUUCAAGGGCAAGGGGAAAGGCGUGCGAAAAGGGAAGGAUCAAAUGAUGUCCUCAUGGGACGAUUCCUACAUGGCGCCUUGGGAUGUGAUGUACACCCAGAAGGGCAAGAACAAGAAUGCUGGCAAGGGCGGAAAGCUUCGUUCCACCGUCAAUGUCUAUGGCAUGGACUAUGGUGGGAUGGAUUUUAGCAUGAUGGAGCUCCACACGCUUGAGUUCCAUGAGACGAUGGAAGCAGUUCCCUUGGAGCUCUACACCUCCAAUGAGACUCCAGCUCCAGAGACCUUCUCCGCUGGCAUGCAACUACAGGGUCACGACUUGAAGGAUCCUCGAGCUCAGCCAUCAUGCUGGCCGUGUCUCGGCAAGCACGUGCCCUCAGUGACUGGAAGCAACGCUCAUGGUUCAUGGGCCAAGUGCGCCGUGUGUGCUCUCCGCGUGGAGUACAUUCCUCGUCAGGGGUCUCCGGCCAGCUCCGUGGUUCACAAGGGCCACACCUUUGUGGACAAGGCUCUGAGCAUGAUCCAGGAGGGCAUUCCGAAGGGCACUCUUCCGGACUACGAGAUGGUGGAGAAGACCUACGACUAUGUGGAAGCAAUGGACAAGAUUCGUGCCAUGAAGGCCAAGAUCUCCACCAUGGAAGCCGAAGCCCAGGGAAUGUUGAACAGCCUCGAGAUCAUGUACACCGGCUCCAAGAAGAAGACCACAAAGGCCACGGAGGCCGAGAGGAUCCUGGCUCAUUUGACGCCGGAGGAGUGGACUCACGUCAGCAAUCUGGCAUCGCAACGACAAGCCGGACAGAGCUCGACAUCGGAGAUGAUUCCCUUCAGCCCCAGCUCGGACGUGGAAGUGGAGGAGAUCACACCGGCGAAGGUUCCCGAUCAGGAGUACACUUGUGAGACUGUGGAGUUUGAGCUUUUGAAGAUCGAUGAGGGCAAGUCCAACAAGUCCUCACGCCGUGGCAAGUCUCGUCGAGCCGUGAUGGCCUUGAGUAGCAUGCUCCUUUUGGUGGCCCAGAAUGACCUGAGCACUUUGCUUCGUGGCCACCAGCAAGUCGAUGUCUGGGAGGUCUUUUGCGCUCCCGAUUCUUGGUUGAGCUCGGCCUGUCACUCGGAAGGACUGACUGCCUCCCGCAUCAAUCUCCACCAGAACUUCGACAUGUACCGUGCCGACACCUAUGAUGAGCUUUGGGACAAGUUCAAAAGAGAACGGCCUCGUCGAGAAGAGCAGAUCCAUUCACUUCAGCUCGAAGCAAUGCCUCAAGAGCUGGAGGAUGAUGAUGAGCCCAAGGCAGAACUUCGCAAACAGUGGGACAUCCAGCUGCUCAAGUACCACAAGGCAGCCGGACAUCCCAACAACUACAACUUGGCCCGCAUCAUCCGAGAAGCUGGUCAACCCCGCUGGAAGGUUGAGGCAGCCUUGAAGCUGUCAUGUGAUGAUUGCAAAGCCUUGAAGAUGGGCGGCACUUCUAGUGGCAAGAUACCACCAGCUUCCAUGCGGCCGCUUCCAAAGGCUUGGGAAAUGGUGGGAAUGGAUACUACAGAGUGGACUCCACCAAACAGCAAGGUGAAGUACAAGCUUUUGGUUCUGAUGGACUUUGCCACUCACUUCAAAGCUGGCAAGAUCCUACGCUCCAUGGAUCUCUACAAGCAGGAGAAUGAGAACACCACUGAGAUCCUCGAGGGCAUCUUUGACCUCUGGCUUGCUUCCAAGCCUAAGAUGACCAUUCUGGUCCCUGACAACGCGAAGUCUAUGGUCAGUGCCCAAGCUCGAACCACCCUCUCCGACCUCAACAUUCAGAUUGAAGUACCCCCAGCAAAAGAAAGCUGGAGCCAUGGCUUGAUGGAAAGAGCCGUCCAAGAGGUCAAGACCGUGGCCUCCAAGACUGCGCUCUCCUUUCCGGCGCUCUCUGCAAAGACCAUCUUGGCUCUCUCCAUCAACUCCCUCAAUGUCACAGAGGUCGUGCAGGGGUACACUCCUCAUCAGUGGGUGUAUGGGAAGCAGUUUAGCUUCUCAGAAGAAGAUGAGAGAUCCAUGCAGCAGAUUCUUCCUGAUGUCUCAGGCACUGACUUCAUCUCCCUGCUCUCCAAUCGACAACAAGCAGAGGAGAUUGCGAGAAAGGAUCAAAGGCCUCCAGAGAAGCGACAUCGUAUGAAGAGCCCAUGGUCACCACUUCAUGGACCACAACCUCCACCGGCUGUGCCAUCUCUGGAGUAUACUCCCUCAGAAGCACCUCUCAAUGAGUAUGAGGAUCAGCCAACUCACGCUGAACCAGAUGACACUGAGGAAGUGACCGGCACUGGCAUUGGCAGUGGCAUCCCAACCUUGGGUGAACGCUUCACCAACCUCUCGGACAACAAGCCCUUGAUCUCCUUGUCCUCCGACAGUUCCAAAGCAAGUGCUUCAGCAGCUGAGCCUGACUCCAAGAAGGCUCGCCUGGACUCCGAUGCCCUGAUCUUCCACGCCUUAGAGAUGUGCGAAGAAGGUUGGAUCUUGGACAUUGAGUUGGACUUCAAGUCCCAAAGAGAGAAGGAGCGUUUCAUCAAGCACCCUUCACUGUUCUUAGCUCAGAAGCUCCGUGACUGUGAGGUCAGAUUGGAAAAGCUUUCGCCCGCACAUCGUGAACUUUUUGUUCGUGCCAAGUCAAAGGAGGUCAACAGCUUCCUGACCAAUGUGGCUGUCCGUCGUUGCCUGGACAGUCACGAAGAGCAUGAAGCUUGGGACUCUGGGCGCAUCAUGCGCUGCAGGUGGGUUCUCACAUGGAAGCCCACUCCGGAGGAGAGCAUGGAAGAAGCUCUUCAAGAAGUGGCAUCCAAGCCUGAUUCCACGACCCUGACAUCCGAUGGCAAAAAGAAGGCCAAGGCAAGAAUUGUUUUGCUUGGUUUUGAACAUCCUGAUCUACUUCAUGAAAGCCAUCGUACUUCCUCACCAGUGCAAGCAGUUCUCACUCGCAACUUGUCUUAUCAGCUGGUGAUGGAAGAGGGUUGGGACAUUGAAGGCAUUGACAUGAGCACCGCCUUUUUGCAAACACUCCCCACUGAAGAGUCCAAGCGCCUGUGGACAACCGGUGUCAAGGAGCUCAGGGACGCUCUCCAGAUUCCCGAGCAUGGUGUGAUGCGCAUUUUGAAGAACUUCUACGGAAGCACCACGGCUCCUAGGAACCUGUGGGAGAAUGUUGACAAGAGCCUCCGUGACUUGGGAGCUGUGUCCAUUCAGGGCGAUGCCUGUUUCUGGAUUUGGUUUGUGGACAAUGAAGCCUACAACCCUGUCACGGAUCCUGAGCACUUCAAGCUGCGACCCCUCGGUUUCAUGGCUGGACAUGUGGAUGAUUUUCACCGUGCUGGCGAUGUCAAGGACAGUCGUUGGACACAGAUAAAAGCAGCCAUUGACAAACAAUAUCGUUGGGGCACAGCAAAGCAGAACAGCUACCGCCAUGCAGGUACAGAUUUGUCCAUGCAGAAGGACGCUAAGUUUGGGAGAUGUCUUGUGGUGGAUCAACAGUUUUACAUUGAAAUGUUGCAGGACGUUGAUGUGCAUCCCACUCGGUUCAGCAACGGAUCAUCCACCAUGACUCCCAAGGAGAUUGCGGCCUGUCGGACAUCACUUGGUGCCUUGCAGUGGUUGGCGGUCCAGUCACAACCGCUCAUCACUGCUCGCUGCAAUUUGCUCAUUACUGAGCUUUCACGGAUCCCAAGAUCCAGAUUGCCCAGGAGCUACAAGAGAUGA